UUUUUAAGCUGCAUUGCCAUAUUUUCAGGAGACAAUUAUUUUCUCUGUUGGUACUAAUAGGUUUGUUCAUUACCAGCUUCUUUCCUGACUCAAAUGUGAAGUUUGUGCUGUGUUUCAAUUUGUUUCAUUUUACAGGAUCUAUGACUUUUCGUGAAUCCAAAAGUGGGUGGCAAACUCGACAAGUAGUUACAAAUAAGCCCCCUUCCAGGCACCGAGGCGAAGGGGGCAUUUGCACUUUUUGCCAAAAUGCGAAAUAUUAGGAUAUGAGCCAUCAAUCAAGCCUGUUUUUAUUCGGUUUUAGCCUCCCCCCCCACAUUUUCUAGAUUCCCACUUUGCUGCUUGAACAAGCUAAGAAUAUGUUGAGAACAAUAUGUCAUUCGUGUCGCUUUAUCACGAGUAAAGUGUGAAGUGGCACGAAUGACAUACUUUACUCGUGACAAAACAUGUCAUUCGCGCCACUUUACUCACUAGCUCGCCACCUUUUUUGAAAGGUAUUUGUUUAAAAACUGUUCAACUGUUUGUUGAAGUUUGAUAUCAAGGUUGUGGUAUUAAAGAUAACGGUGGCAAACUUAGAAAUGGUGGCAAAAUGGGGAUGGAUUUAAUGCCCACAACACAAUGCCCAGGCCAGCCAGUGAGGCUAGCGAGCAGUGAAACAGUGAAGUGAAGUGAACGUAUAUCUUUGCCUUGUUGGCUCCCUGUGGUUAGGACAAAAUGGCUACCAGCGCGAAAGUUGUUUUGAUCACUGGCUGCUCCUCUGGCAUCGGCUUAGCAACAGCUAUUUUGCUGGCUAAGGAUGAAAAUCAACGAUUCUCUGUUUAUGCAACUGUUAGGAAUAAGAGAAAUGCUGAAGAGCUGGAAACUGAGGCCAAGGACUUGUUAGGGAAAACACUGUUUAUAAAGGAGUUGGAUGUAACUUCAGUUGCGCUAAUCAACGAAGUUGUAGAUGAGAUAAUUGGCGCAAGAGGAAGAAUCGACGUACUAGUAAACAAUGCAGGAAUUGGCCUGUUUGGUGCAAUAGAAACCAUACCAGUUGAGAAAAUCAAAGCUGUUCUUGCCACUAAUGUUUAUGGUCCAAUAAACCUUACAAAGAAAGUUAUUGAAACUUGGAAAAAAGACACUUUUGGUCAUAUAGUGAUGAUAUCUUGUGUUGCUGGGUUGAUUGGUAUACCAUUUAACAGUGUAUAUUCUGCCUCUAAGUUUGCGCUUGAAGGAUUUACAGAGGCACUUGUUUCAGAAUACAAAGAUAAAAACUUGAGGGUAAGCAUUAUAGAGCCUGGCCCAGUGAAAACGAAUUUCAUUGAAAGUGUUACUGAAAAUUCAUCACAAUUGUGUCAACUUACAAAUAUUGACCAGCAAACCAAGGAGACAAUGAACCUGUUUAUCGAUAAAAGCAAUGCAAGAAUCAUCACAAUGGGACAGACACCAGAGGACAUUGCAGAAUAUGUUUUUCGAGCAGUAACUGGUUCAUGUCAACAGUUAAGAUACCAAACGAACAAAGUAUAUUCUACAGCAAUUGAACAAAAGUUAAAUGAUCGUACUGGCUGGAGCAGCUAUGACAUUAUCCAAAAGUAUAUCUAAUAUUUCUCUUCAAUGGAAUCAUAUAUAGUUUCAAAUUUGUAUGUACAAAUAGGGUGGGAUUUUGAUUUUAGCUGUAAAUAUAUUGAACAUUUUCAAAUAAAAAUUUCAGCACAUUCAUGUGGCUGGUAUUUCAAUUACAUGGUGGGUGCUUGUACAGAUUCACAUGCUCAAUUGGUUGAAAAUUUUUUAUACGUAUUCUUCCUAUUUAGUAUACCACAUUUUAUGUACGAGUAUAUUAGAGUAUGACGUAUUUCAUUUCAUUUCAUUUUCAAUUUUUUAGGCAUGGUAACCCCUCAGUUAGAGAAAAACUGAUUUACAGGAGACCAUGCAUUUAAAUAAAAUUUAAAUGUAUUCUAUCUAUGUAAAUAAUUAUGUAACAUGUCAUACUCCAAUAAAAUUGAGCACAUCAACAAUUUGAAGUAGAGAAUCUGGCUGAAAGUUAGAAUUUAAAUGCUAAGAUAAAACUGAUGUCAAAAGCUGCAGUUCUAGACAAAUUUUUACUAGAAAAAUUAAAAUUUAGCAAAGCCUAUAGGCUUACUUUAUUGUCAAAAAUAAAGGGUGUCUGAUUCUUUAAAAAAGAACAAGGAAAUCUAUGAGAAGCACUAAAUACGAUGGUGAAAAUUGUUUGUUUAAUAUUUACGUUAUAAUAAACGCCUUUUUGAGAAAAUAAAUUAUACUAGAAAUACUGAAUUUAUGCCAACCUUAUGGCUUACUUUUUUAUCAAUAAUUCAGGAUGUCUGAUGCUUAAAUAGAGAUAUGUACAUAAAGUACUAAUUCAAUUUGUGGAUAUUCUUUCCUUGAAAGUUACGUUAGAAUAAAAAUCGAUUUACGAAAUAAAUUUAACCAAAUAAUGAAAUUUUGCAAAGUCGUUAGGCUUCCUUUUUUAUCAAUAAUUUAAGGAUGCCUGAUUAAUUGAAAAGGAAAAAAAAUUUAUCUCAAAAGCACUAAAUACGUUGGUGGAAACUAUUUCUUUAAUGUUUAAGCUAAAAUAAACGAUAUUUUACACACAAAAUUUCAUCAGAAAAAUUGAAAUUUUCCAAAGCCUAUAGCCUUACUUUUUUAUCAAAAAUUUAAGGAUGCCUGAUUUAUUAAAAAGGAACAAAAUGUUAUCUCAAAAGUGCUAAAUACGUUUGUAGAAACUAUUUCUUUAAUGUUUAAGCUAAAAUAAACGAUAUUUUACACACAAAAUUUCAUCAGAAAAAUUGAAAUUUUCCAAAGCCUAUAGCCUUACUAUUUUAUCAAAAAUUUAAGGAUGCCUGAUUCAUUAAAAAGAAACAAAAUGUUAUCUCAAAAGCACUAAAUACGUUUGUGGAAACUAUUUCUUUAAUGUUUAAGCUAAAAUAAACGAUAUUUUACAAAAAAAUUUCAUCAGAAAAAUUGAAAUUUUCCAAAGUCUAUAGCCUUACUUUCUUAUCAAAAAUUUAAGGAUGCCUGAUUUAUUAAAAAGGAACAAAAUGUUAUCUCAAAAGUGCUAAAUUCGUUUUUGGAAACUAUUUCUUUAAUGUUUAAGCUGAAAUAAAC